UUGGAGGCGGGUGCUUCUCCGGAGUUUGGUUUAGACAGCGUGGAACCGCGCCCUGGCCGGGGAGUGUAGAGCGGUCCCGUUAGGUCUGCUGAGGCGAUGGCCGAGCGGGUGUGGAGGGUGCUGACCACCCUGCUGGCGGCCACUGCCGCUUCCUCCCAGACUAACGUGGAAUCAGAGGCCGGGUGGGACUUGGCGGCGCCUGAUCUGCUGUUCGCCGAGGGGACAGCGGCCUACGCGCGCGGAGACUGGGCCGGGGUGGUUCUGAGCAUGGAGCGGGCGCUCCGCUCGCGGGCCGCCCUGCGCGCCCUCCGCCUGCGCUGCCGCACCCAGUGCGCCGCGGACCUGCCCUGGGAGCUGGACCCCGGCUCAGCCCCGAGCUUGACUGUGAACCCGGGCGCCGCCGCGCUGCAAGACCUGCGCUUCUUCGGGGGCCUGCUCCGCCGAGCCGCCUGCCUGCGCCGCUGCCUCGGGCCGCCCGCCUCCCAUGCGCUCAGCGAGGAGCUGGAGCUGGAGUUCCGCAAGCGGAGCCCCUACAACUACCUGCAGGUCGCCUACUUCAAGAUAAACAAGCUGCAGAAAGCUGUAGCCGCAGCACACACCUUCUUUGUGGGCAAUCCUGAGCACAUGGAGAUGCGGCAGAACCUUGACUACUACCAAACCAUGUCUGGAGUGACAGAGGCCGAUUUCAAGGAUCUUGAGGCCAAACCCCAUAUGCAUGAGUUCCGGCUCGGAGUGCGACUCUACUCGGAGGAGCAGCCACUGGAAGCUGUGCACCACUUGGAGUUGGCGCUUCAGGAGUACUUCGUUGCUGAUGAAGAGUGCCGUGCCCUCUGUGAGGGGCCUUAUGACUAUGAUGGCUACAACUACCUGGAGUACAACGCUGACCUCUUCCAGGCCAUCACAGAUCACUAUGUCCAGGUCCUCAGCUGUAAGCAAAACUGUGUCACCGAGCUGGCUUCCCAUCCAAGUCGAGAAAAGCCCUUCGAAGACUUCCUUCCAUCGCAUUAUAAUUAUCUGCAAUUUGCCUACUAUAACAUUGGGAAUGUCACACAAGCUAUUGAAUGUGCCAAGACCUACCUCCUCUUCUUCCCCAGUGAUGACGUGAUGAACCAGAAUCUGGCCUAUUAUGCAGCUAUGCUUGGAGAAGAGCAGGCCAGCGCCAUUGCCCCCCGCAAGAGUGCCCAGGAGUACCGCCAGCGCAGCCUGCUGGAGAAGGAGCUGCUUUUCUUCGCUUAUGACAUUUUUGGAAUUCCCUUCGUGGAUCCGGACACAUGGACUCCCACAGAGGUGAUCCCCAAGAGACUGCAAGAGAAACAGAAGUCUGAACGGGAGACCGCCGUGCGCAUCUCCCAAGAGAUUGGCAACCUCAUGAAGGAGAUCGAGACCCUGGUAGAAGAGAAGACCAAGGAGUCCCUGGAUGUGAGCAGGCUGACCCGGGAAGGAGGGCCCCUGCUGUAUGAUGGCGUCAGUCUUACCAUGAAUUCCAAACUCUUGAAUGGCUCCCAGCGGGUGGUGAUGGAUGGCGUGAUCUCUAACGCAGAGUGCCAGGAGCUGCAGAGACUGACCAAUGCAGCAGCAACUUCAGGAGAUGGCUACCGAGGCCAAACCUCCCCACACACCCCCAACGAAAAGUUCUAUGGUGUUACUGUCUUCAAAGCCCUCAAGCUGGGGCAGGAAGGGAAAGUUCCUCUGCAGAGUGCCCAUCUGUACUACAAUGUGACCGAGAAGGUGCGGCGCAUCAUGGAGUCCUACUUCCGCCUGGACACCCCCCUCUACUUCUCCUACUCCCACCUGGUGUGCCGCACAGCAAUCGAAGAGACGCAGGCUGAGAGGAAGGACAGCAGCCAUCCAGUCCACGUGGACAACUGCAUCCUGAAUGCUGAGACGCUCGUGUGCGUCAAGGAACCCCCAGCGUACACAUUCCGGGACUACAGUGCCAUCCUCUACCUAAACGGGGACUUCGAUGGAGGAAACUUCUAUUUCACCGAACUGGAUGCCAAGACUAUGACGGCAGAGGUGCAGCCCCAGUGUGGAAGGGCAGUGGGAUUCUCUUCAGGCUCUGAAAACCCACACGGAGUGAAGGCUGUCACCAGGGGCCAGCGCUGUGCCAUUGCCCUGUGGUUCACCCUGGACCCUCGACACAGUGAGAGGGACAGAGUGCAGGCAGACGAUCUGGUGAAGAUGCUGUUCAGCCCAGAGGAGAUGGACCUACCCCAGGAGCAGCCCCUGCACACCCAGGGGGACUCACCCCAGCCUGGACAGGAGUCCGCCAUGGGCAGCAAGAUGAAGCACAAGGACGAGCUGUGACAAUGCCAGGUCGCAGAAGGACCAGCGAUGGGACCAUGGGGAGAAGCUCCAUCCUGCUGCAGGCCAUGGAGCAGGGGGCACCUUGGACUGCUACCCAGCAGAGGGCAUCCUGCUCAUCAUCUUCCCUGUGGUGCUGCUGUUGUUGGAGUGGACCUAGAAGGACACCACUCCUCUCUGGGCCUGGCUAAAGGCUUGGGACUUGGGCCAGAGCCACCAAAGGGCUUGCACAGGCAACUGUGUGACAGCAAUAAAAUAUUUAAGUGUCUCUGUAGGCAGCCAAAGAAUACAUGAUGGGUGGGUUCUCGUUUGGUUUGUGGAGAGUGGAAAGAUGCUCCUCCUGCCCCAGCAGCUACGUGACAAACUGCUGUGGGCAGGGUGCAGUGGCCUGUGUGACACUAGAAGUCCUGGCUAGAGCCCAAUCCAGCCUCUUCCAGACACCUAGCCAGGUACUCUGAAGUUGUCUGUGUAACAGGGGUCAUAGUCCGCACUCUGCCCACCUUCCUGAGUGACUGUGUAACCCAGGUACAGUGCUAGAGAUGGUAGCACUUUAUGAACUGGCUGAAUGGCUGGGGUUAUCACUAACCCUCUUGUGGCAGAGAGAGGCAGUCAACAGUGUUGUGGCAUGUUGUCCCCAUGGUACCCACAUGCUUCCUGCUCUGCUGGUUGGCCUGAGAGCCACAUUUCAGGGCUUCCCUGUGCCAGAUGACACUGGUAGGACACAGUGUGCAGCUGGAGAUUCAGCCCCUGGCCGUGUCCCUAGCACUAAGCCCAUCACCUUCCCUGUGCUGGAGAUGUCAGGGCAGGAAGAGCAGAAACCUGCACUCUGAGGAGUCCUUUAGUCAACUAAUGUCUACACAUUGAGCAUCAGCUAAGUUCCUGGUGCUGAAAAUAUAACAGGGCACAAAACAAGCCUCAACUUUAUAGACUGUCUGUUUUGUAGGGGAGACAAAUAAUAAACUAUAAUGUAUGUGA